CGUCAUGCCUUCCUGCAGGAACUCAUGGGCCUGCAGCAGGUAGAACAGGACACCCAAUACCAUGCUGGUCCCUGCAGGAGUACAGGUGUUAGGAGGCUGGACAGCAGGGCCCAAGGGACGACCUCAGGAGGGAUGACAGUUCCACAGAACACUGACAAGGAAGGAUCUCAGCGCCAUGCCUGCCAGGUUGCUGAGGACGAUGUUGGAGAAGUCCAGCACGGGCACGUUGGACUUGGUGAAGAAGGUGAUGUCUAUGAGUAUGAGGCAGAGGCAGAAGCUGGUGAAGGCGGAAAUGAAGAAGAAGGCCCAGGCAGAGUCCAGCAAGUCUAGGGAAGGAAGAGAACCAGGAACACCAGGAUCAGGGUCAUGUAGGCAGGAGACGUCAGAACACCGCACAACGAAGAUGGUGUUGAUGGGGAUGGUUUGGGGCGGGGGGUCAGCAGGACCCCCAGGGAGUGUCAGUGGCACCUGGAAGUGGACCCAGGGCUGGCCCAGAGUGAUGAGACCGAUGAUCACCACGCCCACCAGGCUCAGCACCAGGCUCAGCUGGCGGCUGAGCUUCUUGGCCUGGUGCAGCAGCCGCGUGCCCACGGGCAGCUGUGAAUGUCUGCGUUUAGCCCUGACCGAAAACCUGCUGCAGAGAGCCCACCGCCAGUGUCAGCGCCGCGUCCAGCUCCCCAGCCCAACCAUCCCAGGUCCGGCUGCCAGACCCGGUCCCACCCAGUCUACCCUUCAGACUCUUAUCUUCUCUAUGUCCAUCCUCUAUACCCUGUCUCCCCCAGGUCCUGCCCUCCAGGUCCCCUUGCCUCCAGAUCUAGCUUCCAGGCCCUGCCAUCCUAAAAUCCCCUCUCCAGAUUCUGUGUUAUGUCCUACCCAUGGCCAGCCUGCAGGACCAGCUUCCAAGACCUGCCACACCUAGGUCCAACCUCUAAUCUCUGCUAUGCCAGGCAUGUUCUGGUCCCUGUCCUUUGACUGCUGUCUCCCUCCACCCCCAUCCCCUACCCCCCCAAUUCUCACCCAGAACCUGGCCUUUUUGCCUGGACCUCUGCCUCUCACCUGGAAGAGCUGGUGUCCGUGGAGCUGUGUAGCGGGAUGCUUUGGACAUCGCUAUCUGGAGUAUUUUUGCUUAAUUGGAGGUUGUACAAAGAUUCUUUGAAGUCCUCCUGGGAGGUCCAGAGAAUUUGUUCCAUGCUUUCCAUGCUGGCCUCAGGGCUCUCGGUAAUUGAAGGGGGGACGUCCACACUGGCCCGGUUUGGGAACUUGACGCCUGGAACCCUUAAACUUUGACUCUGGGUGCUUGUCAAGUUGUCUCCCAAACUGGUUUGAUUGGUGUAGGCAACUGAUUCUACGCAGGCCAGGGGGAUGUGGGGCAUCGGCGAAGGCCUGGGGAUACUGAACCUACGAAUUUGGAAACUCGUUUGGCCACUUGGCGGAACGGUCAGGGUGUUGAGAGGGGUCACUGGCGCUGUGUCUUGGGGGCCGGCUUGGUGAACGCUGCUCACGGAGGGUGUCUCUUGGAUACUCGUUUGGCUAAUGUUAACAGUGGAUGGUGUCUCUUGGAUACUCUUUUGGCUAAUGUUACCCAGGGAUGGUGCCUCUCUGAUACUGCCCCGGAGACUCUCGUCAAUGGGCGAUGGCUCUUGGACGCUGGCCUGGCGAGUGCGCAAGAUGGACGAAGGCUCUUGGAUGCUGGCCCGGCGAGUGCGCAAGAUGGACGGAGGUUCUUGGACGCUGGCCCGGCGGGCAGGCCUCAGGGCUCCAGGCUGGCCUGAAGUUCGGGCUGCGGGGAGAUUCCGUGACAGUUGGAGAGGUUCCAGGAAGUUGGGACGUUGGCCAUGGACGCAUCCUGCACAGUGGACCUGUCGGACCCAAACUACUCCUGGGAGGAGGACAGAAAGUACAUCCUGCGGGGCUGGGCCCUGGUCUUCAGCACCCUCACGACCCUGAUGGUGCUCAGCGCGGUGGACGGGCGGAUGGUCUACCUGGAGGGCUCCUACUCUGGCUACAUGGGCUUCUGGAUCAACUGCAAGAAGUACAAAUGCUCCGACGUGGGCCAAGUCACUGUGCACAGGACAACGCCCAACCGACUGAGCCACACUGGCCAGGUUCUCAUCCACAUGAGCAUGGGCUUCAUGAUGCUGGCCUUGGCCAUUUGCCUCAUCCUUGUCACCACCAUGGUCCUCUCCUUCUGGCCGGUCUUCCGCCGCCUGAACAAGACCGACCUUAUCUUCAGUUUACUCAGCUUCAGCAUUGGGUUCCUGGUUAUCCUCAGCAUGACGCUCUUUGUAGCCAACUGCCAGUCCCUGAGACCAAAGCCUCGUAUUUCGUACCUGUUUACCUCCUACCUAUGCUGGGGCAGCGGCGCCUUGAUACUGUGGACAGGAGUCCUGAGCUACUUAAACUACGCGGGCAUGUGGAGCCAGGCCUCGUUCACCUGGGAUCGGCGGGUGAGCUACUGGCGGUGGGCCUCGCGGCUCAGUCCUAUGAGGCACAUGUCCAGACAGUCAGGCUCAGACCGCAAGUCCAGUUCGCUCCCAGGCCAGGGGAUCCCCGCCAAGCCUCCCUAAGCCAUGGUUGCUCAGGACACGGACGGGUACCUGGGCCCGGGGGCGGGGAUCAGACCUCCACUGAGGCCCGCCUCCCUAAGAACAUGCCUCGCCCUCCGAGGGCUGCUGACAACGCCGGGACCCUCCAGCUUGGGCCCACCCUUUGCUGCUCUGUUCCCGUCCAGAGUCCUCCCCUGGUCCCCAUCCCAGAAGUCAGACACCGCCCCCUUCCGCUCUGCACGCAGCUCCCGCCAAGGGGCCAGUGGGUGUGGAUCUGUUCCCAUCCUAGCGUGGCCCCGCCCCAAUCCCAGAUAGGCCACGCCCAGAUCCUACCUAGGCCCCCCCCAAUCCUAGCCAGGCCACGCCCUAUCCUAGCUAGGCCCGCUUCAAUCCCAGAUAGGCCACGCCCCCAUCCUAGCUAGGCCCCGCCCCCAUUGAGAUAGGCCACACCCCAAAGCCACCCUUCAUCCUCGGAACUCCUCCCUCUCCGAGGGCCAGCCCCGCCCCUGGAUGCCUCAUCUUGCCCCUGGGCGGACACAACACCCACCCAGCUUUUGCUGUCGCCCCUCCCCAGGAAGGCAUGGCUUGCCACAGCGUCCCUUGCCCACCUUCCUGGCUUCUGCGCCACAAUAAAAUGUG